UAAGGCCCAUAGACAUUGGAGGUGUGGUGGAAAUCAGCCUGUUGUUUGUUUCUUGUUGAGCGUUGUAUGGUAUAGAGAGAUUUGAAGGUUCUUUGACAGCAUAUGUCUGAUGCACAGCAAGAGGCAGGCCUUGCAUUGAGAUCGUUCAUUUCCGCAGACAGCACGAGAGAAAGAGAAAGAGAAAAGUAGAGACGUGGCCAUGAGUGCUGACAAAGACUCGAAAUAAUGAGAGUUCCUUUAAUGAAGGCUUCAUAUGAUACACUGUCAAAACAGAAAUAUUUGUCCUUAAAUGAGCAAUGAAGAGAUUCCAAAAGGUGGACAUAUAUUGAGGCUGAGGGUGUGGCCAUGAUAUCAGGCAGAACUUUCUCAAAGCGAGAGUAGGAAGUAGAGACAGUGGCACUCAUCACUGUACCCAGCCAUGAUCCUCAGAUUGAGGAUGGAUUCUUGCCAUUGAGUGCUAAUAAAUUCUAGAUUGCUGUCUGUAAAGGGGAAGAUUUCGACCUUCUAGAUCAUUUGUUGCAGUCAGUGAGGAUGUGGGAAUUGAAGUGCUGGCAGUUUGUCAAGAUCAUCAUGCUGUAACGGAGUGUGAAGUGUAUUGAUUUCAUUUUGUUCUAGAGGCUACAGCCAUCCAGCUCCACACACUGUAUCUUUCAGCAAAAUCAGAAGAAAAAUGAGAACACUGACACACAAUGUAGCAGCAUACUGAAGCGUUCCAUAACAAUACACAAUACAUCUCAGUAAAAGUUAAGGUUCAGCUGCAAAGACAAACUGAAUAUUCCAACACAAAAAUCAUCAUGGUUUGUUUAGGUGGGACAUAUCACUGAGCUCAUUAAAGCAAACAAACUUACACACAGACACAUACAUCUGGAUGUGAGUGGUGCUAGGAAAGCUGCAAAAUGAAACGAGGACGAAGAAAAGGAGGGAGCAAAGAUAAAGUGUUUGGCUGUGACCUGCAAGAGCAUUUAGCAGCGACUAAUCAAGAAAUUCCUCAGGUGCUCCGCAGCUGCAGUGAGUUCAUUGAGGAGUAUGGAAUCGUUGAUGGAAUCUACCGACUCUCUGGAGUGUCAUCCAACACCCAGAAACUAAGGUCCGAGUUUGACAAUGAAGGGACACCUGAUCUGUAUAAGGAUGUGUAUCUGCAGGAUAUUCACUGUGUCAGUUCGCUGUGUAAGGCGUAUUUCAGAGAACUGCCCAACCCUUUGCUCACAUAUCAACUUUACGACUGUUUCGCUGAAGCUGUCGCUGUUCAAUUGGAAGAUGAAAGGUUGGUGAAGAUUAAAGAGGUGCUGGAGAAGCUUCCUUCCCCCCACUACAAGACUCUGGAAUAUUUGAUGAGACAUUUAGUCAAGAUGUCAACAUUCUCUGAUCAGACUAACAUGCAUGCCAGAAACCUUGCCAUUGUAUGGGCUCCCAACCUCCUCAGAUCGAAGGACAUUGAAGCAUCUGGUUUCAAUGGCACUGCAGCCUUCAUGGAGGUGCGAAUACAGUCCAUUGUGGUGGAAUUUAUUCUAACUCACGUUCCUCAACUAUUUCCUGAUUUAGGUACUGAUCCAGGAUUGACUCUUGAGCGCAGGAAGUCCCUCCCUUCGCCCUCAGCGCUGUCGGGUCAUGAAGAUAUGUUUUUCAAAGCCAUACCCUUCCAGUUGCCUGGCAACUUGAGUCCUGGAGAUGGCCCUCCACAAAUGAGGCCUUACCAUGCUAUCAUUGACGGCACAGACAAGAGAAAAGGAUCUCUAAAAGGCAGAAAAUGGAAGUCUAUCUUCAAUUUAGGUGGGAGACUCCAAGAUCCUCGCAAGAAGAACAAGUACACCACCAAGGAGAAAGAGAAGACGUCUCUAAGGCCUGCUAAGAGUAUGGAUUCUCUGAGCUCAGGACCCUAUACACUGGAAGAUUCCAGGCACCCUUCCUCACAUCUUUCUCCUCUAGUCACUCCUUCUGGGACCCCAGAGAGUGGGACUGUGAACAGUGGAGGUGUGGGUAGUGGAUAUGCAGUGACAUACAGGCGCACGGGUGGGGCUAGCGUGAGCAUGGUCAGUGGAGGGAGCGGGACCCAGGGCACUUACAAGAGCCUGGACACUGGAAGCACGGCUGGUGCAGACAGAUCACCAGCCACAUUACACGGGGCAGCCAGCAAAGCAGAACGUCGUGCGGGAAUGCACAUUUCUGGGCCUUUUUGUGUGACCGUUCCUCUCCACAUAACCUCUGGACUGGCACUGGGGGUCCUCCAUGGGGGAAGAGCCGAGGAAGAACUGCCCCAGCAUGGGGUGACAGAGGAAGAACAGCCAAAAAAAGUGAAGCCAGAAAACACUGGAGAGAAGGAGCAGUCAGCAGAGGGAGAAAAGGAGAAAACAGAUCAGAAAACAGAAUGCAACCAACAGGAUCAUGCUAAAGAUGAGGUUAAGAUGGAUAAUAAUGAGAACAGCCCAAGUGAAGAAGAGGACAAGAAUGAAGUUAAAACAGAGGUGGAGGAGGCAGGACUUGAGGAGAGGGAGGAAUUCCAAGAUGAAGUGGAUGAUUAUUUGAGUGAGGAAGCUGAGUCAAGCGAGACACAUCAUACAAACAGACCUUCACUCGCUGAAGACCCAGUGGAAAGCGACUAUAUGGAUAUGAAACCAGGUUUGCUAAAAGGUUCUGCUGCAGCUGUGGGUCAAAGUGAGAUGACCCGCCAUCCCUUGUCUAUAGAAGAAGAGUACCCAGACCAGGAGCUCCCUCUGGAUUUUCAGGAUACUUUUGGAUUCUUGGACUUGAUGGACACUUCUGCUCCAAGCCAGCUAAAUGAGUUUUCAGUGGAGCCACCUUGUUUUGAAGAGGAAGAAGAGGAAGACGAUGACUACAAUCAGAAUCAGCCUCCUUGUCCGACACAGAGUCACCUUGAUGAAGAAAAACUUUCUGUAUCCUGCACAGAGUUUCCUGCUCGCACAAACAGGGCGCAAUCAGGCAAAUCACACAGCUUACCUUAUAAGUCCUGCCCCUUCUUACCAGUCCCAUCUUCUUCUUCUGAUGAAGACAAUUACACAGAGCCUGAUGAUGAUGAUGAAGAUGAGUCUGAUAAAAGUGAAUAUGAAGACAUGUUCUGUAAAAGUCUCCCAUCUGCUUGUCACUUCCAGGGGUUGAACUGGACAUGUCCCCAGACUGUUACUUCAAACUCUGCUGACUGCAGUGUAGAUUCACACUCCAACAACCAAUCAGAAUGCCUUCAUCAAACUAACAACAUAGAAGUAACUGAGAGGAGUCAAGAUUUGACCCCUGUCAAUCAAUCAGAGAGUUUAACCCAGACAGAUACUGAAAUGACCCCCAGUAAUGGGAUGGACACUCAUGCCAUUGAGCAAUGCCUGAACCAAGGCGAUCUCAGUCCACUUCCAUUAGAAACUUUAGAUAAUUUGAGUGUAGAUGAGAAGAAGACUGAAGACAAGAGCACAGAGGAUGUAAAAGAAGAAAGUGGAUCACAGGAGGCUGGGCAUAUAAGUGAACCCGUGCAAGAAACUAAUAAAGAGAUGGGAAGUACUGACAACAAAGAAGAGACACACACUUGCGGCCAAGAAGAGAGGCAUUCUAUGGACAGUGAAGACGAAGAGGAUACUUAUUUUGGUCCAGAUGUGACUUCCAUCUCGUCGGAGCCUAGCAGCAUUGAGACUUCCUACACCAAUGACCAACUUCCUGUCAAAGAGGAACAUUCAAGCACGGGUAGUCAGCAAGCUGGUUCUGAAGGUUGCCAUGAUAUCGUUGCAAGUGAGGUGACAUUGAUAGAUGAGCCAGACUUAGCCAGAGAAUCUGCAUCAUCAGGUAGUCAAGAUACAGUUGAGACUACUGAACUGUCAAUGGAACAAAAAUUUACCUUGCAUAAUGACAAGCAAGACCAAGUUGAGGUAGGAGAUAAGCAGAGUGGAACAAGGGAAGUUGAUAAAGAGGGAGAAGAAGGGACAGAUAAAAUUUCAGUAGUAGGGGAGAACGUUAUGAAGGAAGAGAUCACAGAAAUUCCAGAGUCAAUGGGAGAGAACAGAGACGAAGAAAGCUCACCAAUCAAUGAGGAAAACAAAAGUGAGAGCGAACAAGUGAACCCUGUAGAAGCAGCAUGCGAGAUAAACAAAGAGAGCAAGCAAGAACCUGAAAGGGUUACUGAUGAACAGCUAGACAAAAGUGAGAAUAAAGAUGUUGAGGACGAUGCAACACAUGAGGUUGCUGAGGAUUUGCUCAAAAAGGAAGUAGAAGCAGUUGGAGAAGGGCAGACAGUCUUAGAAAGGAAUGAGGAAGAUGUGGAAAAACUUACUAUCGGAAAGGAGAAGGAGGGAAGAGACAGAGGGGAAGAGAGUGAUGGACAGAAGGAGAAGGACAACAUAGGGGAGGAAACUGAAGCCAGGAAGGAUAGUCAUCCUGAAUGGGUUACAGAAAUAAAAGAGGGGAGUGUUCCUGAAAAGCAGGUGGUGAGAGAAAUGAGUGAAGGGGAGGACAGGCUUUCAGAUGAUAGUGGUGACUCCAGAGAUUCUGGGGAUCUUCUAGAGGAAUGUGAAAGCGAGAGAGAAAAUGAAAGAGCAAAGGAGGAGACAAAUGCAGAGGCAUCCAUGGCAGGUGGUAAGAAGCCCUUGAGGCCUCCAAGAAUGAAAGAAUUAGAAGGAGGAAAGGGGGUGAGACUUGGGCCGGGUGUGGGCAGGACAGUGCUAAUAUCCAAACAGUCUCCUACUAGAGUGUACCAGGUGAGAGCUGUACCGGUGGUACCCCCCAAACCACAGCAUUCCAAAAUAACCGCUUUCAAACAACAGUUUCAACAGAAAGACAGUGAGAGACAACCCAGAGAGGCAGAACAGGGAGAUCUGAGGCAAAACCAUAACCAAGGGAAUGGGACAGAUGAGCAGAAGGUGGAGGAAAACCAGGCAAAGCUGAAAGAUACAUCAGGAGAAACGUGCCCUAUUUUGGUGUGGGAGCCAGGAAAGGGGGAGGACAAAGAAGGUCAGGGAGAAAGACGAGGGACCUGGGAUGGAGGGAGCUGGAGAAAGGAUGGGCAGAAGGAGUUAGACAGGGAGACAAAAAGAGCCAGUGGCAUCAGUAUCUGUUUUGACGAGGCUGUUGCUAGGGCAACGGGUAAACGAUGCAGAGAGAAAGAAGACAGGUUCAUUGACUUACAAUGGGAACGAGGUGACCAGAAAGAGGGAUCGAUUCAGAGAAAGAGAGAGGAAGAAGGGAAAACUGACUGACAUUAAAAAAAGGUGUAAGAAGGUGUAAAAUAUUGUGUUUGUAGAUAAAAAAAAAAAGAUUUCACAAAUGGACUCGUUCUCUUUGUUUGUAACUGAG